AUGGCCAUCUUAUCCGACUUGCCCGACGAGACCCUCCACCGAAUUCUCGAAUUCGUCACAACUGAUCGCCCCUCUCUUGAAACCGCCAGCCUCGUAAAUAGCCGCUUCAACAAAAUCGUCUUUCCUCUCCUCGUGCGCCAAUGGAGCAAUAGCCAAGAAUGUCUUGAGCCUUCGAUAGAGAGACUUGCGCUUCAUCUUCUUCGAAACCCUGAUCUUCGACGGCACGUUGAAAGGCUUGACUUUGGAUAUAUUCGGCCUUUGCACGACCAUGAUCCUGAUUCAGUUGACUUGAGCACUGAGAGUCUAGCUGCUCUUGCAGACGCUGCUGAGGAGCAUCUGGAGGUAUCCAAGUUUCUCUCAACUCACGUGUGCCAUCGUAUACGCCUAGGGUGCGAGGAUGCGAUCGCCGUUUUGAUCUUGGCCUGGUGUACGAGGUUAACCCAUCUGAACCUCACAAUACCUUCUUUUUAUCCUGAAUCUCGCCAACAUUUUAUGCCUCUGCUUUACGUAAAGGAGGCUAUUUCUCGACAUCUUGAUGAACCGGCUGGAAUAGCAUCGCAGUUGCCUUUGUGUCUGGUCAGUCAUGUCACCUUGCAACCCUGGAACAGCGAGGAAGUUUUCGACAUGGCAUAUGCUAGAUCGUUUCUGCACCUUCCUUGUAUUCAGACGUUUUGUGUCUAUGGCUUAAUGGAUGAUCUGGAAAGCGAGUUGGACGACGGGGACAAUGAACUUCCUCUAACAUCCCGUGAUGAUUACGAGCUGCCUCUCCCAGUUUCGACAUCACCAAUCACGGAGUUGACCAUUGUGGGGUGUUUACGAUUUGGAGUCCCAGAGUUCAUCACGGCAUGUCGGGCCCUCACAAAGCUCAACGUUCGAGUCGACCAUGGGCUGGACAUGUAUGGCUUUCCAGACCAGAAAGAGCUAGCGGAGGCUAUUUUGAAACACAAAGACUCUCUGGAGGACGUGGACCUCGACAUUAGUAUGCCAAGGUUUCCUAACCAAGACCCUGUGUUGGAGGAAGCUUAUUCACACAUGUCACGGAUCUGGACUCUUGCGGUUCAUAUCAUCGACGUCUUCGAAGGUGCCGUUGAGGGCUGUACCAAGAUCGUCCUUGAUCGAAUACCUCAAGGUAUCCAAGUUCUCAGGCCUCGUGCUCCAAGGUUCAUCGAGGGCUGGGUCAGUAGUAGCAAUGACCCGUUCCUUGAGCCAUACCUGGAAGGUAUUAUAGAACUACUUGAAGAAACCGGACCACAGGGGCGGCUUAGCAAGUUGAGAGUCCUGGAUCUCUCGGAAGCAUUUGUGGAUGAUCCGAUUAUGUUUGAUAUCAAGAGGAUUAAGCAGUUGGCCACGUCCAGAGGGGUCAAGCUUUUGUUGCAUGACUGA